GCCAGACAGAGAAGAGAGAGCCCAGCCGACCACCGCCUCAAUGAGACAGGACGCGCCCAAGCCCAUCCCGGCCGCUCGCCGCUGCUCCGGCCUGGCCCGGCGGCUGCUGACCAUCGCCUUCGCCCUGCUCAUCCUGGGCCUCAUGACCUGGGCCUACGCCGCCGGCGUGCCGCUGGCCUCGGAUCGCCACGGCCUCCUGGCCUUCGGCCUCUACGGGGCUUUCCUCUCGGCUCACCUGGUGGCGCAGAGCCUCUUCGCGUACUUGGAGCACGGCGCUUACCGCGAGGUGGAGGCGGAAGACCCUGGGCGGCUGGCGGUGGAGGCGCUGGUGAGGACGCGCAGGUGCGUGUGCGUGGCGCAGCGCUGGGGCGGCAAGCGCGAAGUCAUGUACACGGCCUUCAAGGCUCUCGGCGACUCGGUGGACUACGUGCAGGUGUGCGACUCCGACACGAGGUUGGACCCCAUGGCACUGCUGGAACUGGUGCAAGUGCUCGACGAGGACCCCCGGGUAGGGGCUGUUGGGGGGGACGUGCGAAUCCUUAACCCUCUGGACUCCUGGGUCAGCUUCCUAAGCAGCCUGCGGUACUGGGUAGCCUUCAACGUGGAGCGGGCUUGUCAGAGCUAUUUCCACUGUGUGUCUUGCAUCAGUGGUCCCCUAGGCCUAUACAGAAACAACCUCCUGCAGCAGUUUCUGGAGGCCUGGUACAACCAGAAGUUCCUGGGCACACACUGUACUUUUGGAGAUGACAGGCACCUCACCAACCGCAUGCUCAGCAUGGGUUAUGCUACUAAGUAUACCUCCCGGUCCCGCUGCUACUCGGAGACGCCCUCGUCCUUCCUGCGCUGGCUGAGCCAGCAGACGCGCUGGUCCAAGUCGUACUUCCGCGAGUGGCUGUACAACGCGCUGUGGUGGCACCGGCACCACGCGUGGAUGACCUACGAGGCGGUGGUGUCGGGCCUCUUCCCCUUCUUCGUGGCGGCCACAGUGCUGCGGCUGUUCUACGCGGGCCGCCCGUGGGCGCUGCUGUGGGUGCUGCUGUGCGUGCAGGGCGUGGCCCUGGCCAAGGCGGCCUUCGCGGCCUGGCUGCGGGGCUGCCUGCGCAUGGUGCUGCUGUCGCUCUACGCGCCCCUCUACAUGUGUGGCCUCCUGCCCGCCAAGUUCCUGGCGCUGGUCACCAUGAACCAGAGCGGCUGGGGCACCUCGGGCCGGCGCAAACUGGCCGCCAACUACGUCCCGGUGCUACCCCUGGCCCUGUGGGCGCUGCUGCUGCUCGGGGGCCUGGUGCGCAGCGUGGCGCAGGAGGCCCAGGCCGACUGGAGCGGCCCCUCCCGGGCUGCCGAGGCCCGCCACCUGGCUGCGGGGGCCGGCGCCUACGUAGGGUACUGGGUGGUCAUGCUGACGCUGUACUGGGUGGGCGUGCGAAGGCUCUGCCGGCGGCGGGCGGGGGGCUACCGCGUCCAGGUGUGAGGCCUGCCUCCUCCAGGCUCUUCAGGGGGAGGCCAGGGGCCAGAGGGGACCCCCGGAGGGGGCCCGGGAGCCACAAACCUGCCAGGUGGUUGUCCGGGCCUCGGUUUCCCUCUUCUGUGAAGCGAAGGGGUCAUGGACCCAAGAGUCUUCAGUCUGAACUGUAUUGGGGCUGGGACUUCUGGAUCUCUGGGGAGGGGUAUUUAUUGAUCAGGGUGUGGGUUUUUAGGAGCUGACUCGAAAGGACCCGCUUUCUCCCUGUUCUUACUGGAUCUCCAUUUGUACUGUGUGAUGAG